CGCUUGAUUCAUUUCACUGCGUGCCCUCACAAGGUUAGGUUUGCGAUAAGAGGAGGAUAGUGUCCUUCAGUAUUGCCUGGACUUAGGCUUGCUUCGAGAGGAGAGAAGUUGUUCGUGUGGUUGUGUAAUGACUCUAAAAGAAUUACUAGGUCAACUGAUGGUUUUGUACAUCGUUGGGGAAUAUGCUGGAAGCGUCGCUCGAGUUAGGAUUAGAGAGGGUAAUAUUUCGUAGGAACUUUUUUGCUAGGUCGCAUCUCGCCCUAACCCAGAUUUUAUACAUUUACAGAUGCUGGGUACUGAAACAGUCCGUGAGAGCCGCUGCUGCCGAGACGGAGAACAGCAUCGUUUCAACAGUUUAGUGGUAUCAGCACUGCAGAGACAUCGCCUCGUGGAAAAUGUACAGAAUUACUUCGCUGUUAGGCGGGGACGACGUAGUAGUCCAUGUGGAUGAGACAGUGUUGGUGAAGAAGAAAUAUAACCACGGUCGUCAAAGAGCGAACAACAUUUGCGUCAAAGGUUUAUACGACACGUCCCUCCGAAAAGAAUUUGUUGAAAGAAUAGCAAACGGGAAGGUGAAUACUCUGGUACCUACUACGAAGCGACUUGUGAAACCUGGAUCAAUUGUACAUACCGACGAGUGGAAAGGCUAUGAUUCAUUUUCAUCCCUGGGAUACAUUCCUCACAGAGUGAACCACUCUAGUGAUUUCGUGGAUCCAGUUACAGGGACUCAUACAGAUUCCACUGAAGGAUUUUGGGCUCGUUUGAAAAAUAGAAUAAGAGCUAUAAAUGGAUCUCAAAAGGAUCUCAUUUAUAGUCAUUUAGAUGAAUAAAUGUAAAGAAUGUGGUGCGACAUCUCUAUUGACAGUCCCAUGCUGAAUUGGGAAAUGUUUCUCUCCCAUGUUCGGGAAAGAGACCCAUUGUAACCGUUUUAUCACUUUUUUAUGCAUUUUUCUAUCAAUAUAAGUUUCCGCCUCUUUCAUGUGAUUGGCACGUUCAAGGUCGUUUACUGAUUAACAGUUAC